UUUUUUGAAAUGAGGAUUUGAAGUUUGUGGUGGAAAAUAAUUACUGUUUUUAAUUUACAGGUUAAUGAAUGGUCACGUAAGAUCAGGAAAGAGUGUUUUGCACUGGAGAGGCAGAUAAGAAGUAUUCAGAGGGAAGAAGAUAAGGUAAAAAGUUCAAUGCGUGAAGCCGCCAAAAAGGGAGAUCGAGCAGUAUGUACUAUUUUGGCGAAGGAGGUCAUCCGAUCUAGAAAAGCCAUCACAAAGAUACAUACAUCCAAAGCACACCUUAAUUCAGUUCAGCUUCAAAUGAAGAACCAGUUAGCGACGCUUAGGGUCAGCGGAUCGCUUCAGAAAUCAACCGAGGUGAUGCAGUCUAUGCAAAGAUUGGUCAAAGUUCCUGAAGUUGCUGCAGCCAUGCGCGAGCUGUCAAAAGAAAUGAUGAAGGCUGGAAUAAUUGAAGAAAUGCUGGAAGAGACGAUGGACGUGCUUGAAGAUGGGGAAGAAAUGGAGGAAGCGGCGCAAGAAGAAAUCGACAAGGUCUUAUGGGAGUUGACGCAAGGGACCCUUGGAAAAGCGCCUGCGGCCGUUACUGAAGUGCCUGGUACAUCAAGUGUCAAGGAAGAAGCAGCAGCUGAAGAUGAUGACGAAGAUCUAGAAGAAAUGCAAAGCAGGCUUGAAGCGCUUAAGAGCUAGGUUUGCUUCUACUUGGAAAUGUUCUAUAACUGAAAAUUACUUUUAUAGAUAGGAGGCCAUUAGUAUCAGCUAAAGUUGACAUUUUAAUGAGAUAUUGUUCACCUAUAAAGGUAAACAGAAGCUGCUUUAUAUUUUUGUGUCUUUUAUCAUGUUGAUCAUUGGAAAUAUAUAAAAUGAACAAAAAAAAAGAGAAAAAG